ACAAAUUACAUAGAGAAAGAAAAAAGAGAUUUGAAAGAAAAUCGCGUUUGAAGCGAAAUGGUAGGGUAUUUUUAGUCGCUUCGUUAUCCGUUGCGUCGCUCGUGUUCAAUCGGCGGCCAGUAUCCAGAGCAGAGCUGCCAUCAUUACGAAGCUCUAAAAUCUUCUUCUUCGUCUUCCUACUUUCAAUUGCAAAACCAAUUUUCGAUUUCCCUGUUGAGAGAAGAAGUGAGAUCUUUAGCUGGGUAAUUUUUUGGCGAGAACGGAGGAAGAUGACGACACCAAGCACCGCGAAGCAAGCUCCGGUUAACGGAAAAGAAGAAGGCGAGCUCUCCACUUCCGAAGACGAAGCACAACCAAUUCAAACAAGCACGAGAGCGCCUCUUACCGAGCAUGCAUCAGCUCCUUCAGCAAACACAAAUAUCCAAAGGCGUCAAUCUGGAAAUAUUGGAUCUUUAAUUAAACCUGCUGAUGCCUCGCCGUUGAAGCUGACCCACUCUGGAGGCCGGAUAAUUGAGAAGAGGCAAGCGGUACGUAUUGCUGCCAUUCAUGGGAACAAAUUUCCUGGAAGCGGCAACAACAGCAACCUUGUGAUAAACUUCUCAGAUGAUGAUAGUGGUAGUGAAUCUGAUAGUAAAGGACGGACGCAGACAUCAAAGAUUCAACCAAAAGGAACCAUGCCUGGGAAUAGAAACGCGUCUACAUUAUUACAGACAAAAUUGAAAGGACCAAAGCAAAUUGACAACACAGCAAUAACAAAGAAGGCAUCAUCCACUAGCACCUUUAAUCAUGCUGCGACUUCCAAAGUUUCCAACAUUUCAUUUGCCAAGGAAAUGAAAUCAAAUAAAAAUAUUCGUACUUUUGAAAGGAAAGUUAGCAAAGAUUUACGUCGUCCUGAACAGACUGUGGAGCCUAAUAGCAACAAACUUCAGGAUUUGAGGCAGCAGAUUGCACGGCGGGAAAGUGAGCUGAAGCUUAAGGCAGCACAGCCAAAGAAGGAUGCUGUAAACCCAAAAUUCAGUGCAGCAAGGAGACUCAGUUUGGUUUCUGAUGAUGGUAAAGAGCUAGAACCAAACGAACCUGCUAAGAAGCGCUUAAGAAUUAGUGGAAGUGACACAAGUCAGCCUGUUAUUGAUUACGGAGUGCCAGCAUCUACUGCUGCACCAAUGAAAGUGCCAGGCAGCGGUAAAAGUAUACUGCCAGGUAUCAAUGCAAAUGCUAGUUGCAAACACCUUGGUAGCAACAGUGGUGAGAUUGAUCCGCCUGUUAUUUCUCAGCAUAUUGUAGAAGGCAAUACAAGCUCAAGUGUCUUACAAAAUAGUGCACGCAAAGAAAAUCAUUACGAAGGUGUAAGAUGUGGCCAGCCAGAUUUUCCUGCUCAUAUAACUUCGAGAGAACUGGAAACAAUGAAAAAUGUUGAUAGCAAUGUGUCAAGUGACCAGUUGCGUAACAUAGUCAAUGGAAACCAUCAGCCUUGUUUGAACAAUUCUGGCCUCUGGAACAUCCCGGGAAAUACAACUGCUCCUGGACAUAGUCAACUGGAUAUGCUAUCUUUGAUGAACAUAGAGGAAUCUCUUGACAGGGAGUUGGAGGAAGCACAAGAACGUAAACGCCUAUGUGAACUCGAAGAAAGAAAUGCUCUCAAGGUUUAUAGAAAGGCACAGAGAUCUUUGAUCGAGGCAAAUGCCAGAUGUGCAGAACUUUACAGUAAGAGAGAAAGUAUAUCUGCUCACUAUGGAUCUCUCAUUGUGCGGGACACCAGAUUGCUGUGGCCUUCUACACAUCGUGAGCACCCUGGAACUGGGUUUGACUUCUUGAAUAAUAAUAGUACCGAAAACAUUGAUUUGGUAACAAAAUCGAUCAACCCUCAGCAUACUCAGCUAGAAAGCAACCACAUAGAUAACAAUGAAUAUGGUGGCGGUCAUCCUCUACCUCGUUCCAGAAGUGGACAUAAUUUGGGUUCAGAACCGUGCAGUGAUCUUGAUGCUACCUCGGAUGGAUUGCCUUGCAGUAACAAGCAAACUGCAAGUAGACUAUGCUCCCCGUCAAAUGAUGCAAACAAUUUGGCAGAUGAUGAGUCAUUUCCAGUGGACCAUGAAUCUACUGAGGGGAACCUUGGACGUCAAGCUGAAAAUCUUGAGCAAACACUAGGCAAUCAGAAUUCUUUGCUUAUCGAAGCAUCACUAAGAUCUAAAUUAUUUGAGCGUUUAAGUAUGAGGGAUGAAUCUAGAGGUGGCACGUGUUCCAAUGGAGAGACUGUGAUAGAUAGAGGGGAUGAAAGUGAUGUUGCAAGUGAACGAACCCAGAGAGAUGGCAGUAGUCCUGUCUCAGAAAAACAUCAGCAUGAUGAUUCUAGAGAGUCAGGCGCCAAUCAACUCCAAGAAAGUCCCUCUGAACCACCAGCUUCACAGCCCGCAAUCAAGGAAAAUUCGCUGAAUUUUCAAUCAUCUAUGGAUAUGGAGUCCCAUAAGAUUUCACCAAACGAUGACCUUUUAUCGUCCGUAGCUUUGCCAGGCCCUUUAUUUCGGAGCACAAUAAAUCAUCUAAAGGUCCCUGGGUCUUCCAUUACGUCUCUGGGGCCAGAAUAUACACUUCAAAACAAGUCAUAUAGCAUGUACAGUGAUGAUAGACAAUGUAGUAGCUUGACGAAAACUCCACUAUAUGAGAAAAAAAUUGGCCUCUACACCUGUAAUUUGAAGAUGGACCCUUUUCGGCCUCUCUGCAUGUACGAGUUACGAGGAAGGUGCAAUAAUGAUGAAUGUUCUUGGCAACAUUUCAAGGAUUUCUCUGAUGACAGUUUGCAUCAAAGUCUAAAUAAUCCUCCUGAUGGUAAUGUUGGGUCAAGUUUACAUAAGAAGAAACAUAACUCUUCCAGAGGAUCCCAGAUUUUUGACGUGGUGCUUUCACCUACUUAUCUUGUCUGCUUGGAUACGAUGAAGGUUGAUUCGUGGUCUUAUGAGUCCAUUCUGGCUCAAAGACAUGGGCAAAAAUGGUGGAAGCACUUUAGUGUCUGCCUAGUCUCAUCGAACUCGCUUUACAAGAAUAUACCUGAAAGGGAAAAUGAAGGUCGAAUUGAGGUCCUAGGAAAUCCAAGAACAUGCUCAUCAUACUUCAGGAUUAAACAUAGCAUGAUGAAUCUCCUUAAACAAGGUUCAGAUGCUGCUGUUGGAUCCGUGGAAAUGGCUCUUAUUAUUUUCUGUCGGGAAGUUGACCAGUCAGAAGGCUUGAUUCAGGCCCUUUCUGUUCUUUCACGUGGUCUUGAAGGUGAUCCAACUUCUGAGAUUCUUUGGAUUGUUUAUCUCCUGAUUUACUAUGCAUAUAUGGGAUCAGAUGGGAUCGAUAUGUUUUCUUAUGGGGUCAAACGAUGUAGCGGAUCAUACGUGAUAUGGCUUAUGUACAUCAACAGUCGAGGACAACUUAGCGAUCAAUUAAUUGCAUAUGAUGCUGCCCUCUCGGCGCUCUGCAACCAUGCAUCUGGGUCUAUUGACAGGAAUAAUGCCAGCGCUUGCAUAUUAGAUCUUUUGUUGCAGAUGUUCAACCUUUUGUGCAUUUCUGGGAAUGUUUCGAAAGCAAUACAGAGAAUAUCCAAGCUUCAGGCUCCAGCAGCAGUUUCUGACGACCCUGACUUUUCAAUGAUGUCUCACAUUCUGACAUGCUUAACAUAUUCUGACAAAUGUGUGUUCUGGAUUUGUUGUGUGUACUUAGUUGUUUACAGGAAGCUGCCUGAUUCUGUUGUCCAACGACUUGAGAUGGAUAAGGAACUACUAGAAAUAGAAUGGCCUUCAGUUAAUUUGGUAGGCGAUCUGAAGCAAGUGGCUCUCAGACUAUUUGAUAAAGGGAUGCGUCCAGAAGAACUUUGCACUAGCGAUGGGUCGUUGGAAAAUGGAAUACAAGAGCGAACUGCCGGGCUAUUCGCUCUGAACCACGCCCUAUUUUUGAUUGCAGUUGAUGAAUUAGAAAACAGUAGGGACAUUGUGAAGGCAUCAGUUGAACUCUACCCAGCUUGCUUAGAGCUGAAACUGUUAGCAGCUAGGAUGAAACCAAACGAGUCAAAGGAAAUGUUGUCGCCUGGGUUUGAAGAGCUUCUCAAGCAGGAACCAAAAGAGGCUUCAGGUAUACAAUGGAUUUGGAAUCAGUACGCUGAAUGUGCUCUGCAAGGAGGAAGCUACGACUCGGCAAGGGAACUCAUGUCCCGUUGGUAUGUGUCUGUGUGGGAUGUAUUGUCCUGCAAAAAUAAGACAGUACUGGCUAAUGAAGAAGAAGGUGAUGAUAGUUUACUGGAAUCAGCUUUAUCAGAUCUGAACGUUGCAUCGGAUCAGAUGGAUGUGAUGUUUGGAUAUCUUAAUCUCUCUCUCCAUAAUCUACUUCAAAGUAACUGGACCGGUGCUUGCUCGGCCAUUGACCAAGCACUAAAAGCUACAGCUCCUGAUCAUUUUAUGCAUUGUCUGAGAGAACAUGCAGUGCUUCAGCUAAUCAAUGAGUUGCAAGCAACGGGUGAAUUUUCAAUGAACCUGCAACUGAGAUUACUCAACUCUUAUUUGGAGCGAGCAAGCUCUUUACCUGUAAAAGAGCCACUAUCGUGGAAAUUCAUCAGCAACAGCGCUGAGAAACCGAGAGUCAGGAAGCUAGUUACUAACCUUCUUGCUCCAGUUUCAUCUGAACUCUUAGUGGUAAAUACGGUUCUUGAAGCAUGGCACGGACCAUCUCUUGUACCCGAGAAGCUAAGUAAACAAAAGGAAUUUGUGGAUUUUGUGGAAACAAUCUUGGGGUUGGUUCCGUGCAAUUACCCACUGGCUUUGUCUGUAAGUAAGAUGUUAAGGAAAGACGAGAAACAUUUGGAUUCAGGAGGUUCCUCGGGUAUUCAUUUCUGGGCAGGGCUGAAUCUGGUGAGUACGAUUUCUUGUGCCGUGCCAGUAGCUCCUGAGUACAUAUGGGUGGAGGCUGGAGAGAUAUUGAGCGAGAUCAAUGGUUUCAAGACAAGAGCUGAGAGAUACUUGAGUAAAGCUUUGUCUGCAUAUCCAAUGUCUGUGAAACUAUGGAGAUGUUAUCGGAGUGUAUCUAAAAAUAUAGAAGAGAAAAGAGGCAUUGAGAUCGAAGAAGAAGCCAGAAAGAAAGGAAUCACUCUGGAUUGAAAUUUGAAAACGACUCUUCUUUGUGUUUUCCCCCUAUACAUAGCUACACUAAGAAGAGGGAACAUAGUAAAUGGGGGUUUUUGGAAAAACCAAAAAAUGGGAUUACAGUUUUUUGAAAACUUUCGUUGAAGUGUACAUAUACAUAUUACUCCUCUGUUUCAUAAAGAGCUGUUUAGUGUCGUUCUGACACCCUUUUUUGUUUCAAAAA